GGGUAUUAGCCCCAGCCCGGUCCCUCAGCCUUCUGACGCCCCUGAUGCAACCAUGGGUGGUGGCAGUGACUAGGUGGCCCCCUUCCACACCUGUCGCUCAGCGGCGAUUCUCAGCAGGGCCCAGCAGGCCCCCUGGCCAGCGCUCCUGCCCAGGAUGAGCGCUUACCCUCCCAGCAGCCGCUGCACCAGUCACCUCACCUCCCCGUAGAGGAGCGCCGAACUUCGGCUCCUGCCGGCGGGAGCCCCCGAAUGCUGCACCCGGCCACCCAGCAGAGCCCGUUCAUGGUUGAUCUCCACGACCAGGUGCACCAGGGACCCGUCCCUCUGUCCUACACAGUCACCACCGUGACGACCCAAGGCUUUCCCUUGCCUGCAGGCCAGCACAUCCCUGGCUGCAGUGCCCAGCAGCUCCCAGCAUGCUCUGUGAUGUUCAGUGGACAGCACUACCCCCUCUGCUGCCUCCCGCCCCCACUGAUCCAGGCCUGCACCAUGCAGCAGCUCCCGGUGCCCUACCAGGCCUACCCCCACCUCAUCUCCAGCGACCACUAUAUCCUGCACCCCCCACCGCCAGCCCCGCCCCCCCAGCCUACCCACAUGGCCCCCCUUGGCCAGUUCGUGUCACUGCAGACCCAGCACCCAAGAAUGCCUUUGCAGCGGCUUGAUAACGAUGUGGACCUGCGGGGGGACCAGCACCCCCUGGGGAGCUUCACCUACUCCACCUCGGCCCCUGGCCCCACCCUCUCUCCAUCUAUGCCCCUGCACUACCUGCCCCAUGAGCCGCUGCCCCAGGAGCUGCCCUUCGGCAUGCCAUAUUCCCACAUGAUGCCGCGGAGACUGAACACCCAGAGAUACCGUCUGCAGCAGCCAUUACCACCGCCGCCCCCACCACCACCGCCUCCACCACCUUAUUACCCCAGUUUCCUGCCCUACUUCCUCUCAAUGCUGCCGAUGUCACCCACCACGAUGGGACCCACCAUCAGCCUGGACCUUGAUGUGGAUGACGUGGAGAUGGAGAACUAUGAGGCCCUCCUGAACCUGGCGGAGCGGCUGGGCGACGCCAAGCCCCGUGGCCUCACCAAAGCUGACAUUGAGCAGCUCCCAUCCUACCGCUUCAAUCCUGACAGCCAUCAGUCAGAACAGACGCUGUGCGUUGUCUGCUUCAGUGACUUUGAGGCGAGGCAGCUACUGCGGGUUCUCCCCUGCAACCACGAGUUCCACACCAAGUGCAUCGACAAGUGGUUAAAGGCCAACCGGACGUGCCCCAUCUGCCGGGCCGAUGCCUCCGAGGUGCCCAGGGAGGCGGAGUGAGGCCACACAGCUGCCCGGAAGAACCCUGCUCCCGAAGCUCUGGAAUCUCGGGGGGGGG